GGAGCGGCUGCCGGCCGGAGCUCGCAGCCGGGCUCCGGCUCCCUCUUCCCGGUCGGCCGGGCCUUGCGCUUCGGCCCCUUCCUCUCUAGGGGCUUUGGGGCCAUCGGGCUGCACCUCGGGGCACUUCGUCCGCGGCAGGCCCAGACCGGUACUUCGGCAAGGCGCUACCGUGCGGUCUGUGCCCCACAGCCGCCGCGGCUGUGGUGGAUCAGCUCCAGCUGGUCCUCGGGAGGGCUUGGCCCGUGCCCUGGUCCCGCAGGGUAGAGGGCUGCCCUUGGCUGGUGCCUGGGCAGCCGCCAUAACAGGUGCGCACACACUCCCGGCCAGGAAGAGGGUCCGUCCAGCACCCACUGCCUUCCCUGCCCACUGCAGUCGCCUCUGGCCCACCAGGGCACACGUGCUGCCCAGGAGCUGCCAGCUCGCUGCGAGGCCAGUGACGUUCCGGGGCAGCUGCUCCCUUGGCAGGGCAGUGUGUCCUCAGCUGAACCAUUCCCACCCCACACGCCUUUAUCUCGCUGGCCGCUGGGGUCGGGCUGCCCGCACACGCUUUGCUGUCCCGCCUGUCGGUGCCUCCUUACCUGCUGCUGGGCUCCGGACCGUGCGCGCAGGUGGUUUCCUUGUCCACCUCAAUGAGAGCGCUGGCUUUGGCAACCAGAGCCUGAUUCAGUCACUGCUUCUCCCCCGUUUGCAUGUGCAUUGGAGUAGAGGGUGUUCCAGUCCUGGCAGGAGUUAAACCAACCUCCUGCAAACAUGGCAGACGAGGACCUGAUUUUUCGUAUGGAAGGGAUUGAUAAUGCCAGAACAACUGCAGUGGACUCUGGGAAUUAUCUUGAUGCUGAUAGUGAUGAUGAAAACAAUUAUUUUAUCUGUCCGAUAACUGAUGAUCCAGUUUCUAACAAGUCUGCCAAUACCAAAGUAGAUAAUUAUUACAGCAGCUUAGCAAAAACUGAGCAGUACAGUUCAAGCUCUUCUCCCAGAAGCUUUAGCUUUAAGAAUGACACACAACAUCGUUCUAAGCAUGGCUCUGUGGUUGACCAUGGUCGGGAAACCUGGAAGCAUGCUAUUGAGAAGGCCAAGCACAUGCCUGACCCCUGGGCAGAAUUUCAUCUGGAGGACGUUGAGACAGAGCACGCCACUCGUUACAGGUACAAUGCUGUUACUGGGGACUGGGUUGAAGAUGAAGUCCUUAUCAAGAUGGCUUCUCAACCUUUUGGCCGUGGAGCAAUGCGAGAGUGUUUCAGAACAAAAAAGCUGUCCAACUUCUUACACACUCAGAACUGGAAAGGUGCCUAUAAUUAUGUUGCCAAGCAAUACAUAGAGAGUGUGAGCAGGGAUGUUUAUUUUGAGGAUGUUCGACUGCAGAUGGAAGCAAAACUCUGGGGAGAAGAGUACAACCGGCACAAGCCACCAAAACAGGUGGAUAUAGUGCAGACCUGUAUUAUCGAAAUGAAGAACAGGCCUGGAAAGCCUCUCUUUCAUCUGGAACAUUACAUUGAAGGCAAAUACAUCAAAUACAACUCAAAUUCUGGAUUUGUGCGAGACGACAACAUUCGUCUAACUCCACAAGCCUUCAGUCACUUCACCUUUGAGCGCUCAGGACAUCAGCUCAUUGUUGUUGAUAUCCAGGGAGUUGGAGAUCUUUACACAGACCCUCAGAUCCAUACGGAGAGUGGUACAGAUUUUGGAGAUGGCAACCUAGGUGUUCGAGGUAUGGCCUUGUUCUUUCAUUCUCAUUUCUGCAACAACAUCUGCAAAAGCAUGGGGCUUGCACCAUUUGAUCUUUCAUCCAAAGAGAAAGAUGCCUUGGAUUAUAAUAAAAAAUUGCUUGAAUCUGCUCAAACAAUUCUCCGUGGCACAGAGGAGAGGUGCGGCAGCAGCCGGGUGCGGACAGUGUCCGGGAGCCGCCCCCCGCUGCUCUUCCGUCUGUCGGAAACGUCCGGGGAUGAGAGCAUGAGUGAUGUGGCGUUUGACUCCCUGCCCUGCUCUCCCUCCUCUGCAACCCCUCACAGCCACAGGGUGGACGUGCUUAAUUGGCCUGUGUUCAGUGAAGUAGAUAACUUGGAUCAGCUUGACAACAAAAGGGAUUUUGAAAAUGGUGGAGACAGUGGGUAUCCCAGUGAAAAGAGAAGUGAGACAGAAGAUCUGGAUCAUAGAGAGAGGGGCCAUUCAAACAACAACCGGAGGCAGGAGUCUGAUGAAGACAGUUUGGGAAGCUCUGCAAGGGUCAGUGUGGAGAGAUGGAAUCUUUAUAACUCUUCCAGAGUCCACAUCCACAGACCGUCCUGUGUUGCCCAAGAAAUUCAGAGGCUCAAUGCACUAGAACUUGAAAAGAAAAUUGGGAAGUCAGUCCUUGGAAAGGUGCACCUGGCCAUGGUUCGCUACCAUGAAGGCGGGCGCUUCUGUGAGAAGGACAAGGAAUGGGAUCGGGAGUCAGCCCUGUUCCACCUGGAGCAUGCUGCAGACUGUGGGGAGCUGGAAGCCAUCGUUGGGUUAGGCCUCAUGUGCUCUCAGCUGCCGCAUCACAUUCUGUCUGAGGUCACUCUCGAGGAUACAAAGGAGAACAGAAAUAAAGGAUUUAAUUACUUGCUGAGAGCAGCAGAAGCUGGAGACCGGCCUUCCAUGAUUCUGGUAGCAAGAGCAUAUGAUACAGGUGUAAAUCUUGGUGCAGACAGGGCCCAGGACUGGAAGGAGGCACUUCACUGGUACAACGCCGCGCUGAACAUGACCGACUACGACGAGGGAGGUGAAUAUGAUGGCACUCAGGAUGAGCCCCGGUACCUGCUCCUGGCCAGGGAGGCAGAGAUGUUAAUGAUGGGAGGGUUCAACCUGGAUAAGGAUCCCCAGAGAUCAGGUGAGCUUUACACAGAAGCAGCAGAAGCAGCCAUGGAAGCCAUGAAGGGCAGACUGGCAAAUCAAUAUUACCAAAAAGCAGAAGAGGCUUGGGCGAUGAUGGAAGAAUGACACUGAAAUUAAGCAGAUCUUGUAUAUAAAUUUGUUAUAGACUUGCUGCAUUUGCAGCUACAAAGAUGUAUUUUUAUGUGAUGUUACCAGGUUGGUUUUUUUUCAUAUUUUAGUUUUAUAAUUUUUUUUGAGAGUAGAAAUCUAAAUGUAAGUAGUAUGUAGGGUGCCAUAGCAUACGUCUGUUUGUGUUUUAAAGUUGUAAUACACACACUUGAACCUUUUAUACUUUUUUUUACUGUUAGAACUGAGGGGCCUAGUUUUUUUGACAAAAGAAAACAAGGCCUUAUUGUUUAGGUUUUACAUGUCCUGUUUUUUACACAGCUAAUGAUCAGUGUGUUUACAUUUUUCUUCUCCUCCCCGCGUACAGAAAAACAUUUUCCGAAAUUCUCAGCAUUUCGUGAUCAUUUUUGGUGUAUCUCUCCAAAUUUGCACAUGAAGGUAAAUUUUCAGUUUAUGGAUGCAGCUACUGAUGUUAAUAAGUAGUCCCAUUCUAUUUUGCUAACAUUAUUGGACACUUAUUCUCAAAUGAAUUUCGGAUAGAAUCCUUAGUUUGGGGAGGGGUAGGGAAGAUGAUUCAGAUUGGCUGUGAGGAUAUUCAGGGUGGAAUGUUUUAUUCAUUACCAACAUGACAUAUUAUACCAUUAGAAAAUCAUUCAUGUUCCUGAUGAGGUGAGGUAUCCAUGAGGUACCUCUCUCAUUUUCAUAUUUUGCACCGUAUAAAAAUUUAUUUGUAUAAAAGUCUACUGAUCUUACAUUUGUUCAAUAAUGUACUUGUAAUGCAAGAUUUGUAAUAUGUGGGUAAUUUGAAGUUAGUUUUACAGGGGCAUCUCAAAUCUCAGUGAAGCUAGAUCAUCUCACUUCAAAUGAGAACUCGUUUUCCACCAUUUCCAGAUGGAUGUUUGAAGAGGUUAGGAGAUGUUGAUUUACCUAUUUCUAUGUACAAAAAACAAUUUACAUGGUUUAAGUAUAUUUUUAAUGGUAUUUUAUCUGCAAAUACUAUUUAGAGAAGAGUUUUUGGUUAGAAAGGGAAAACAGCAUUACCCCAAAACACUUGAAUUUGUGUCCUCCUUUGCCUAAUCUCAAUCAGUGAGGGGAGGACAAAUACCUGGUGGUGGUUGAAAUAUCAUUGCAUAGAGAUAAGUUUCUUCAAAUCCAGUCUUUUAUUCCCAAGCUGCAGUGACAUCUAUGUGGAUAGUACAGAAGCUGCUCCUGUUCCUUGGUUGUGGUUAACAGUCAUUUUGCAGGAGAUGGAAGAUGGAACUCCUGCCUCCUUGGCCUGGCAGUGUCCUGAGGUGUAAAUUGAUGUGCAGGGGCAACCCCUGUGAAGUGCUGAAUGACCUGUGAUGCUCACCACUUCAGCCAAGCAGGUGUAAAGUUAAGCAGGCCAUGAGAUGAUGCAGAAUUCAUUAGUAUUUCUCUCGUGCAUAGCCAAGGAAUAUUAAUGUCUUGUAAAAUACAGAAGCUGUUCAGGGAACAGAAAUCAGUUCUUCCUUUCCUGUGCAAGUGCCUGUCACUGGAAUCAAAUUAUGCUCCCAUUUUCUCUUUUUUAUGGCAAGUGGAUCUUGAAUUGCUGUUUAGACAUUUAUCCAAGGGUGAUGUCAAUAACAACUGCCACUGUCUGAAAGAGGUGAACUCCUGGUGGUUAAGGGAGAAUUUGAAUCCUUUCUAGGAAAGAAGGGAAAGUUACCCUUGGAUGUUGUGCUUCUGGCUGGUGCUGUAACCCUCAGGCAGCUGUAGCUGUGAGCAGCCUUGCAACACAUGGCAACAUCUUUUUGCUGUAGAUUGCAGAGGUUGUGGGAAAGCAGUGCCCAUGGCCUUUUUGUUUUUUGUUUUGUUUUGAGAGUAAGGACAAAGCUCUUCACCAUUAAUGGAGGAAUGUCUCGUUUCUAGAUCUCAGCUGGUCUUAGGUAAUGAGGUACUAAAAUGACCAGAUUUUUGGACUUAAUAUUUUUUUAUACCUAACAUGCUGAAAUAGAACCAGAGGACUGCAAUUCAGAUGAAUGUUUUCAGUGCCUAUCCACAGUUCUGCUUUAGAUGCCUAAAGCCUCUCUGGGAUGUGGCAUUUUUUGCUAUUUCAGUUCAUAGCAUUAAGGUAUCAGCUGUCAGUGAAAGAUGAAGCCCCUCACCUCUGAAGGCAAUUGAAUAGUCUGUUUUGUGCAGAACCUAUACAGUGUGGGAACUAUAAAUCAGACACAAGUAUUUGUUUCCCUUCUUUGGUGAUACCACAUCUUUGAGAUUUUCCUUGAGAAGGAAGCAUGUGUGACAGCACCACUAACCAUGUAGGGAGGAGGUUGAAAAUGUCCAAAAUGUGCAUGCAAAGGAUGUAGAGUGUAAUUAUUGACACUUUUUGGUGUGGUUUAAUUUGCUAAAUUCAGUAGUUGCUCAAGUUGCCGAUAGCUCUGUGUAGAUCUGGUAUAUAAAUGUUCACACAACUCAGUGCAAAAUUAAUUAAUUCUUUGUUUGCAAAUACUUUUUGGUGAUGAAGACUACAUUUUGUCCUAAGGUGUAUCAGAUGAUUUAGCCAUAUAAUAAAUGGGACUGUCAAUAAUAUGAAAAUGGAAAUUGUUUACAGAAGUAUACACAACUUAUUCUGUGACAUUCUUUUGAAGGGGAAAACUGUAUAUUUUAAAGACUUUUGCAAUGAUAUUGCUUUAUGCUGUAUUUUUAAUCUAUUCACAAUGAAUAAAUAAAAUCUGUAUUUUUUAAAAAUGGGAAAAUAAAUCUGAGGCUCAGCCUGCCAGAACUUACCUGGGUUCAUUGUUUCCAGAUGUCAGUGGGAAUAUUGCUUGGGUAAGGAUAGUGAGAUGGAAGACUUUGUAUGUCAGACCAGCAAAUACUGCUUGCCUGCAUCACUUAGUCCUCUCAUUCACUUUUCUGGGUUCAUUCUGGCUAGUAAAUAAAAUUGUUCUUUUUGUCAGUUUUCUCAGUAGAGUUUUACUCAUUGCUUGUGGGCAUUUGCUUUUGUUUGGUUUUUUUUCUU